UCCCGCCAAAAUCCACUUCUAUCUACAACUACGGCCGAGAUACUUUAGUAAAACCCUAAAUUCUGGAACUCCUUCUCAGACGCGCAUAGAAUCGGCGGGCAUCGUUCAUUAGAGUUUUUAGAGCAUGGCUUCGGAUUCGUCUCCGGCUAAUACGAACGAUGGUCCCUCGUCGCCCGGUGACUGGCCAACGAGUCCAAUUGGUAACACCUUCUCCACUCCCGGAGACGCACGGCGUAAUAGGCGUGGUCGGAGAUCCGUCUCCGCCACUCCAACUCAUUCAAAUUCCCGAUUUGCAACCCCUGAGGCCACUCCGACGCCCUCGGGAAGCAACCGCCGUGGUCGUGGCAGGCGACCAUUUGACACUCCCUCAGUUGCUGCCACGCCAUCUGAUGACGUGCCUCCCUCGUCAGAGGCAGGGGAUGGGGAUGAUGAUGCCGCGCCAAUAUAUGUGUGGGGCACGAACAUUAGCGUUAAUGAUGUUAAGUCUGCGAUUUUGAGGUUUCUGAAGCAUUUUAGAGAAGAUCCCCAGCAAAUUGAGGGAAAGUACGAGAGGAUUAUUAACCAUGUGAUAGAAAUGGAGGGGGAUUCACUUGAUGUUGAUGGUCAUGAUGUGUUCGAUUAUGAUAGUGAUCUCUAUACCAAAAUGGUUAGGUAUCCGCUUGAGGUUUUAGCAAUCUUUGAUAUAGUGUUAAUGGACAUGGUUAUUAGGAUUAAUCCUUUAUUUGAGAAGCAUAUACAAGCUAGGGUUUUCAAUCUCAAAAGUUCCACAUCGAUGAGAAAUCUCAACCCCACUGAUGUCGAAAAGAUGGUUUCUUUGAAAGGGAUGAUUAUCCGAUGUAGCUCAGUCAUACCUGAGAUCAGGGAAGCAGUAUUCAAAUGUCUUGUGUGUGGCUAUUGCACUGAGCCUAUUGUGGUUGAUAGAGGAAGAAUUAACGAGCCAACAAUUUGCGGGAGACAAGAAUGUCUCUCCAAAAAUUCCAUGUCCCUUGUGCACAAUAGAUGCAGAUUUGCUGAUAAGCAAGUUGUGAGACUCCAAGAAACACCAGAUGAGAUUCCUGAGGGAGGAACUCCUUUUACAGUCAGCUUAUUGAUGCAUGACAGGCUGGUGGAUACUGGCAAGCCCGGUGACCGUGUUGAGGUUACUGGAAUUUAUAGGGCUAUGAGUGUUAGAGUUGGUCAAACACAGAGGACUGUCAAGUCAAUUUUCAAGACUUAUAUUGAUUGCCUUCAUCUGAAAAAGUCGGAUAAGCUAAUAAUGCAUGUGGAAGAUACAAUGCAAAGUCAGAAUGAAAGUAGGAAUGACAAUGAGUCAACUGCUGACUUCGGAGACAAGGUGGAGAAAUUAAAGGAGCUUUCCAAAUUACCUGAUAUAUAUGAGAGAUUGACAAGGUCCUUAGCCCCAAACAUAUGGGAGUUGGAUGAUGUAAAGAAAGGCCUUCUUUGUCAGCUUUUUGGUGGGAAUGCAUUGACGCUGACUUCUGGAGCAAGCUUCAGAGGUGAUAUCAAUAUACUACUUGUUGGAGAUCCUGGAACCAGCAAAUCUCAAUUGCUUACGUAUAUUCAUAAACUGUCUCCUCGUGGUAUCUACACUAGCGGGCGUGGAAGCUCUGCAGUGGGAUUAACUGCUUAUGUGGCCAAGGAUCCUGAGACUGGUGAAACUGUUUUGGAGAGUGGCGCCUUAGUUCUGAGUGACAGAGGCAUAUGCUGUAUUGAUGAAUUUGAUAAAAUGUCUGACAAUGCAAGAAGCAUGUUACAUGAGGUAAUGGAGCAGCAAACAGUUUCGAUCGCAAAGGCUGGGAUCAUUGCUUCCCUAAAUGCUAGAACAUCAGUUCUGGCUUGUGCUAAUCCAAUUGGUUCGCGUUACAAUCCUCGUGUGUCUGUCAUAGAAAAUAUACACCUUCCUCCUACUUUAUUGUCCAGGUUUGAUUUGAUUUAUCUAAUUCUUGACAAGGCAGAUGAGCAAACAGAUCGGCGCCUUGCAAAGCACAUUGUGGCAUUACACUUUGAAGAUCCUGAUACUUCGCAGCACGAGGUCAUUGAUCUACCAACUUUAAAUGCUUAUGUAAGCUAUGCACGGAAACAUAUCCAUCCGAAGCUAUCAAAUGAAGCUGCUGAGGAGUUGACAAGAGGAUAUGUGGAGAUGAGAAGGAGAGGAAAUUUUCCUGGAAGCAGCAAAAAGGUCAUAACUGCAACCCCGAGGCAGAUCGAAAGCUUGAUACGCCUUAGCGAGGCCCUGGCUCGUAUUCGUUUUUCAGAUAAAGUUGAGAAACCAGAUGUAAUCGAGGCCUUUAGGCUUCUUGAAGUAGCAAUGCAGCAAUCUGCAACAGAUCAUUCAACCGGAACCAUUGACAUGGAUCUCAUCACAACUGGAGUUUCUGCAAGUGAAAGAAUGCGAAGGGAGAACCUGGUUUCAACCAUGCGCAACAUAAUUAUGGAAAAGAUGCAACUUGGCGGUCCAUCUACUCGGUUGCUUGAGUUGCUCGAAGAGUUGAAGAAACAGAAUCCUGUUGCCGAAGUCCACCUCAGUGAUCUCCGAAAUGCACUCUCUACACUUGCAAGCGAAGGCUUUGUGGUUAUUCAUGGUGACAGUGUAAAGAGAGUUUAGUCAUGAAGGUACGUAGGUCAUUGUGUCCAGUGCAAGUAAACAGCACAGCAUGUACAAAUCCACUUCCUCUAAAGCAGGACUACAAGUGAUGCAGUUGAUUACUCUUGUAGGAUCUAUUUUUCGAUCAAAAUUGGUAUUGCUUUACCAAUUUUUUAGCUGACUUUUGUAGUGUUGUUUCUAUUCACUAUCAUAUGUAUUAUUCUCUGCUUAAAAUGUUCUGCUAUUCAACAUCUGGGGUUUUUAGUUUUA